GAAGACUUAGUAAUCUGGGGGACAUAAAAGGUCGCUCCAGUUCAAGCGGCGUCAAUUCAACUUGUAGACAUUGAAACUCAAACUUUUAUCUCUGCCAUUAAAAAGUUGACGCCGGCAACACAGCGCCGCCGCGUCAGUGGCCGGACGCGGCCAGUCGAGCGGGCGCACGCGGCGAGCAAUGUCGUGCGCGGGUGAUGCGCGGCCGUCCCGCGCCUCGUGAGCGCUGCCGGCAUGUGAUGUUCCGGAGACGCGCGCUGCGGCGGCGGCUAGCAGCCGCCGGCGCAAACCACAUAUCAGACGAUACUCUCAGGAGACUCUCCCGAGCGCUGGACACCCCAGCCGCCUCAGAAUGCGUGCCAGCGGACCCCAAUCUCAAACUAGUUGUGACCAGACUGUUCAGAUUCCCCGAUUUGAGGGACCUCAACGAGCUGAGGCGCCUCCCGGUGUGCCGGGAACAGAACUGCUGCAAUCCUCACCAUUGGAGCAGACUGUCGGAACCCGAAACCCCUCCCCCGCCAUACACGCCGUACGCGAUGGAUGACGUUAAAACUAAGGACCACGGAGAGAGCACAGCAGACGCGAGGAGGACGGACCAUGAGCGGCUAACUGCGGGCUCUCUCGCCACUGACGGCGAAGAGAAAGGCACAUGGGAAACGGAAUGGUGCCGGCUAGCCUAUUGGGAGCUGGCGCGGCGCGUGGGCCGGCAGUUCGGCGUGCGCGUGCGCUGUGUUGACGUGUUCGGCGGCGCCGGCGCCGGCCGCGCCGGGCUCUGUCUCGACGCGUUGGAGGACGCCACAAAAGCUGAUCAGGUGAAGAAGAUCCGAUCGAAAAUCGGUCUGGGCGUGACUCUGUCCCUGGAGUCGGACGGCGUGUGGCUGUACAACCGCAGCCAGCAGCCCGUGUUCUGCAGCUCGCCGGCGCUGGACGCGGCGGCGGCGCGCGCGCUGCUGGUGUGGCGCGUGGCGCCGGGGCACUGCCUGCGCGUGUUCGACCCCGCCGCGCCGCCGCCCGCCGCCGCGCCGCCGCACGUGGGCCCCGUGGACCCGCGCUCCGUGCGCAUCUCCUUCGCCAAGGGCUGGGGCCCCAAGUACUCGCGCCGCGACGUCACCGCCUGCCCCUGCUGGCUCGAGGUCCUCCUCGCGCCCCCCAGCUGACCCUAGUGCUUGUAAAACUUUUUAUACGGGAUUGUGUUUUUACAAACGUUUUUACGGACGCGGUGUUUAUGAACUUAACCAAUUAUUUAUGUGAUGUUAUAAUUUAAACAGGUUUAUGUGGAGAGGCCUUAUAACCAGUGAUUUUAAUGAAUUUAUCGUGUGAAUGUGUUCUCACGGGAGACGCGGGACGUUAGGAGAGCCACCAUUGUCAUUACUGCAUUACUUCAUGUCAUUACCAUGUCACAUCGAGUCAUUACCAUGUCACGCCAUUUUUUCGUGAAAUAACUCGCUGAAAUUGGAGAAGCCAAUUUUUUGUGGAGUGCGACUUAUUGCCUCUAUUCGUUCCUGCCUUCUCUGUGAGCAUUGCUCUGUAUCACAUGUUUACAUCUACGAAUAUGUCAGCGACAUUUUGACAUUAACCGUUUUAGAAAAUAUCAAUAUGAGUGAGUUGACUACAUUUUGCUGACAUUUUGAACACGUCUCAAUAGCCUGCAUUUCAGUUUUGUACCGUCGUUUUUCCUGUUUUUAAGGAGUAACAUGAUAACAUCGUCGUCACGACACGACGUAUUUUCGUAACUGAUAUAUUUGUGGUCGCAAGUCUUGUGAUACGUAGCACUUUUGAAAGUCAUGAUAUAUAUGAGGCCUUACUGUCAACGCUGUGUGCACCAUGUAUAGUCACCUAUACAAUUGUAAGGAUUGUAUUAUGUAUAGCACUCGACUUAAGACAACGCGAGACUGUAAAUAAUAAAUUAAUACUUACAAUAAUGUACUUUAAAUAUGUAAUUAAACUAUUUAUAUUUUAAAAUAUGCCUUACCUUAGAUUGUACAAUUAUUUAAGAGUUAGUGUAUAGAGUUCUUUUUGUACAGUAAUUGACACUGAUGUAUUGCGAGAUAGUUUGUUUAAUGUGAAGGCUGUGUAAGCAUUUUUAAGCGGCCUUGUGCCAAGCUACACCGGGAACCAUGGCGAUGUCACUGAACAGUGCUGACAUUCCUGUCAAGCGCCAACCGACGUGACUACUCUUAAUCUACGAAGAUCUGCCAAUUUUAUAAUAAAAUGAUUUAAAAAUAGAUAGGUAAUGUCUACAGAAUAAACAUUGUGCCUUGCGUUGUAUUCAAAUACCUAUAAUAAAUCCAAAAUUUACGUAGGAUACUACUGUCAAUUUCACUGGCCUAUAAAGUUAAGUCUUUACAUAGUUAUACAAAUGUUUGAAUGGAAAAGCUCGAAUUUAAGGGUAAAUUAUAUACAUAACACGCUUUAGGACCGAGUGAGUCGAUGACAAUAAAGUUUAUCUAGUCUUUAAAGGUCUUGCUUCGUUUUCCGCAGCUGCCGUCUCGGCCAGUCAAUGUCAUUACCGUUACCGUUUUCUGUCACUACCGAUUUCACUAUUGGCUAUUACUGUUGUUACUUUUAAAACACUCCGUACGUACCUGCAUGCAUCUUGGCCGAUUCGGUAGGUAGUAGGUUAUUUACGUAGAUACAAAAUCACAAGUAGUCGGUCGAUGAAAUCCGUUGGUAUAAUGACUUAAACGUGUUUUUAAUACUUACUUUUCUUCUCUUUCGAAAUCUACAUUUUUCGAUUUGUAAACGUCUUUCGGUCGGCUACUUGUUAUUUGUGACUAUCUUUGUUGCGAAUUCUGUAUAACUUUACUAGGCACUGAUCUAUGUAUUCGUUGUUUUAUUCUGUACCAAUAAUGGCGUCCGCUAGCUGGUGCGGUUGCAUGAAGCAGGGGAGCGGGUUAACGAAAAAUAGAGAGAGCUGACGCGGGCGCGUGCGCCGGAUUUUACCUUCAUUGGCACCCGCGUACGUGCGCCCGCUCCGUGCACCCGCCAAGUGACGCGAACGCCCUAAGCUAUUUCAUCUACAUACACGUAGCCAAUUUUUCCGUGACCAAAAGAAAAUCUUGAAAUUAUAAUGACCACUGACCAAUAUUAUAUUUAAAUUAAAACUGUCACAUUUGAA